UUUAAACUAGAAGUUACUGCUUUAAAAUAAUAGUGUUUAAAAAUGACUGGACAAAUGAUGGUUCUAGUGCUGUCAACUCUAAGUUACAGCCAGUUGAUGAAAGUUUUUUGUGAAGAAAAUAUUGAUCCAGCUAUGCAGGAUUUAUACGCGAUCAUCCAAUCAAAUUUAUCUAGCAACAACUUGGUUGUAUAUUCAGACGGUCAGUUAGCGGUGAUCUGGCCAGCAAGGGAAAAAGAUCUGCACACAAAAAAAUGUAUCGUAUUUAAUCUCAGGAAAAGUGGCGCUAUGGACGUACUUCGGGAUUUCGGAAUACGACUUGAAAUCAAAAUAACAACUUUCAAAGUGAUUCGGAAGAUAAAUGCAUGCAUACGUGACAACAUGCAGCAGUUCAAAAAGACAGACAUUGACAAAGCCUACUGGACACACUCCCUUUAUAAGCGGGGAUUCUUGGACAAUUUCUUGUGGAUUUUACCAGGUACCAAAUGGUGUGGAAAAGGAGAUACAGCUAAACACCCGUUAGAUUUGGGGCUGUGGUCUGACACGGACGCCUGCUGUAGGGAACACGAUGGCUGCGAGUACACCAUUAUGUCCGGGGUGACAAAAUAUAACUUGUACAACUCUAACAGCUACACCAUCAGCCACUGUACUUGUGACGAAAAAUUUGCCACGUGUUUGCGUAAAGUGAACAGCAUUAUUUCUUAUAUGGUUGGGAACGUGUUCUUCAAUAUCAUAGGAGUGCGUUGCUUUCAAUUGAAUGGAAACCAAAGUCAUGCCUGGACAGUGAAACCUGAUCGAUAUUGAAACCAAUUAGGAGCAAUAUUCAACAUUCCCAUUGACAAAUUGGAUUGGGAUAACUAAUUAUAUGUGCAGUGGAUCUAUACUGUAUUUCUUACGUGCAUUGUAAUGAAUUUUGUGAUUGAAGAGCAGGACCAAAGCGGGUGCUAACAGGAUACGUGGCAUGAGCAGCUACGAUGAUAAGUUAACUAUCAUCCGCAGUGUGAUAUCUUUUACAAAGCAAAGCUUAUAUCAACUUACUCUGUGUGUCUCUCUGUCUGGUAAAACGUUUCAACAUGUUUUUAUUUCUUUCCAAAUCUGAGAUCAAGAUGAAACUU